ACGCAGCUCCUCGCGCACACACACAUACACACACUCUCAGGUCAGAGAUGCCGCCGUUUGACAGAAACCAGCAGCUGAGCAAACCUUUCAAACAGAGGAAGAGCUUUGCCACGAGGAGACAGGAAGUGGCGGGAAUCAGGUCCAAGUUUCCCAACAAGAUCCCGGUGAUUAUUGAACGUUAUGAACGUGAGAAGUUUCUUCCUCCUCUGGAUAAAACCAAGUUCCUGGUUCCUCACGAGCUCACCAUGACUCAGUUUGUCACCAUCAUCAGGAACAGGAUGGCGUUGCUGCCCACGCAGGCAUUUUACCUGCUGGUGAACAGCAGCGGUCUGGCCAGCAUGUCUCUGACCAUGGCUCAGGUCUACAAAGAGCACCAGGACGAGGACGGCUUCCUCUACAUGACCUACGCCUCGCAGGAGAUGUUCGGAUGCUGACGCACACGCGCGCUUUUAUUCGCUGUAAGAGGCUCUGCCCUCAUUUCUGCUGUAAAUAUGAAAAGAUCUUAUUUAUUGUAACAUUUGUUUGUAGGUUUUAAAUGAAAUGUGGUCUAAUAAAUCUUAUGUGAAAAUGGA